UUAGUAUUGUUUAGUAUAGUUUAACACUGUUCAGUAUUGUUUCUGUUAAGUUUUUUAUGUGAUCACCUCACUAACAUUCUGAUUCCUAAUAGGUUAUGGAUGUCAGUUUUUAACUACGAGCAACAUAAUGAUGAACUCAGAUCAUUGUUUCCUCCAUAUUUUAGUGCAAGAAGAUAACAAGUCAGGAAGUGGCACAAAAAGCAGGGACACUAAUGGUUCUCCAAAGACAAGUAGAAGUAUUAAAAGCAGCAUGUGUGGCAAAAAUAAUGAUUGUAGGCAAUGCAGUAGAGAAUAUGAAAGUGGAAAUUCUCAUGCUGACUAUUCUGAGGACUUCACCAGACUGCUCGGAAACAGCUAGAAGGAGCAAUAAUUUAAAACUAUCAGGAACUGAAGAGAAGAAAUCACAGAAAAAGAAAAAAAAGAAAAAAGGGCAGCAUAUCAUCCCCCCAAAAGGAACGAAGAAAUUGCCACCUAAGAAGAUGCCACAUAAGAAUACUUCAUUUUUAAGGCUGCAGAAUAAUAUGAUUUCACAGAAAAAAAAUGCAGUGGCUCAGCGAAUAUCAUCAGCAAAGCUUCAGAAAAUUAGAGAGCUGAAAAAUGAACUAUUUGAUUUACAACACAAGCUAGAAGCAUCAAACUUAGAAAACCAGAUACUGAAAGAUCUUCAGUGUCGGCACUUGAAAGCAAUAGGUAGAUAUGAAAAUUCAGAAAAUAACUUGCCUGAUCUUUUGGCAAGACAUUAUGCUGAGGUAAGAACUUUAAGGAAACUCCUGAGGAUGUCUCAGGAGGAAGAACGAAAUACAUCCAGGAAGCUCAGAAAAGUUGAAGCAGAGCUGCUAAAAAAUAAAGAUGCUUUGCAGGCACUGCAUAAACUUUCAGAAGACAAGGCUCUUGCAGAGAAAGAUGAACUUAAUCACAGAUUAUCAAUCCUUACAGAAAAAAUGGAAGUCAAUAAUAAGAGAAUACAGGUCCUCGAAAAGCAGCUGAAGUUGAACAAUAGCACCUUUAGUCGUCAGUUGGCAGAUGAGAAUAAAAAAGCUGUUGAAGCUGGAAUAAUUACAAAACACUUGCAAACAGAAAUUAACUCUCUUCACCAAAAAAUUAAGGAAAAGGAACGAGAACUGUGUAUAAGAAACAUAUAUGCAAAUCGGAUGCUUAAAAUUCCAAAGGACAAAGGUGAUUCAGUACCGCAUGAAAAAAGUACACGUCUUAGUUUAAACAAAUCAGUACAAGUAGACAAACAGAGUUUUAGAUCACUACUGCUGUCACAAUACCAAAACAAGGAAACAGAAAAAAAUCCCACUCAGCUAUCAAAGGAGGAAAAGCGUUCAGAAGAUAAAAAUCAAAAAGUUAAAGCCAAUGAAGUGCACACGGAUGCCCAAUGUAAGAUAGAAAAGCAACCAACCAAGAAAAUCCCCAAACUGGAAACUUUCAAUAGAACAUGUAGAGAAUUUUUAAGGGAAGGCAAACCAGUGAUGGAAGAACACACACAUUUGGAAUACAUGAAACAAGAGGAAAAAAAGAGAGAAGAGCAAAAAAGGAAAGCUGAAUUGCUUAAACGGGAGCUGAAAAAACUGAUGAAAACUGAACAAACUCCUCUAAAUGAUAUUCUAAAAAAGAACAAUCAAGAAGGAGAUGCAGUGGGAGAAUACGAAAAAGAACAAAAGCCAGCCAAACAGUUAAAUAAUAGUGGGAAGGAAGACAGUGAACGUGUAACUUCUGUUCAGAGAAACAAAACACCCAUUAGACUGAAAAAACAAUACAUAUUCUCAGAAGCCACUGAAAAUUUGCAUCAUGGGCUUCCUGCAUCAGGUACAAAAUCCAGAACAGGCAGCCUUUGCAACCAUAGACGUGCAUUUCAUGACUGCAGUGAAAUAGCUGAAUCAAAAGUGAAAAAUUCAUCUGGACUAUAUGAACCAUCUUUUGGUAAAGUUACCAAAACAAGGCAGAAGGACAGUUUGGCUGAAGUGGAAGGCUACACUCGUAUGACAUUCACUGAAAGGAAAAACAGUCUUAUGAAAGAACUCUUUGGACCAAGCUGUGUUUUAAAAGACAACCAUUCAAAUUAUAUCAUGAGAGAAGUAGAGAAAGAGAAAUGAAAGGAUGCAUGGUUACACAAGCCAAACUUUGAAACACCCCUACUAGCUUAUGAUGUGGACAGCCUAACACCAAUGAAAUCAUUAUGAACAAUCACACAAGAACACACAAAAUGACUUCACUCAAUAUUCGAGUAUAUGAACUUGAAUAUAACUUAUCUUUAAUCUUUUGAAAUACGUAGCAUUUUCAACACUUACUGAAACAUGUUUUACCUACAAAUGUUUUUACCUUCAUAAAACACAUUAAAUAUUACACUUAUUGAGAAUCUUUUUUCAAUGAUUCCUCAAAUAUGACAGGUCAUCAAAUCAGUUGUCACAGAAGAACAUUUUUGGGAGGAUUAGAAUGCAUCUCACUAAAAGCACCUUAACAGUUGUGACAUUUUAAGCUGUUAUCCAGGGGCAUCUGAGGUAGUCCUUUUGGGGUGAUUUUCAGUUUUGGAAUCCUCUCUGCAGUUGAAUUUUGAGUAUUUGCCAGCUCCUUGGGGAGAGAUACCUGGUUUCACAAACGUUCAUUAUUUGGUUAGUACCAAAAAUGCAUUAAAUAAAAUUAUUUUCUUCACUCAUGCAGUAGCUUCCAGAAUUCACACAGAAUAAAAAUAAUUUGAUAUUACAUUGUUUUCACUAGCAUUAUAAAA